AUGGAGCUAUCCCGGCAGGAAUACCCAGCGCUGCUGGCCACAUUGCACCCUAGCCAAGCUACAAAUGUCCUCACCGAUCGCAUUCGAAUUAUAAAUAAGAUCCACUCAGAUAUCGCAGACUUUCUCCAGGAACGUCGUCGCGUGGAGGAGGCAUACACCCAAGGCUUGCGAAAGCUGGCAAAUCGCCCUAGCCUGGACAAUGGUGCCGCACUUGGCGUAUUCCAAAUCCCUUGGCAGCGCAUCAUUAAUGCGACCGAGGCGCUCGCUACAUCGCAUGAGACCCUUGCGACAAAGAUCGAGGAAGAUGUGGAACGCCCUCUGAGGGAAUACAGCACCAAGAACCGUGACAUGCAGUCAAUGCCCGGGAUUCAAAGCAACUUGGCGGGACUGGCCAAGAGUAUCGAGGCGGCUCAAGAUAAAGUAGAAAAGGCCAAAAAGAAGAGCACCAAGAACCCGAAACAGCUGGCGAGUGCAGUUGCCGCCGCGGAAGAGGUCAGCCAGCAGUGGGAAUCACGCGCGCCUUUUGUAUUUGAGCAGCUCCAGGCAGCAGAUGAAGGUCGGCUCAACCAUCUCCGAGACGUGCUCACGCAGUUAGAAACCCAUGAGGUGGACCAAGUUGAGCGCGGUCGGCAGGCUGCUGAGAGCUGUCUGAAUGUUCUCCUGAACGUGCAGACUGCAGAUGAGAUCCAAACUUUUGCUGCAAAAAUGAAGGGAAACCGCAUCCCAGCCUCGCCGGCUGUGCCUCGAGGAGAACCUCCCCUCCCCGAAACGCCUCCCGCGCCUGCUCAGUCUGCUUUUGAGACUCCAACCAGUACGCCGCUUGCACCCCCCUCGCGUAUUCAUGAUGAUGCGUCUAGCGAGCGAUCAGAAAGGUCAGAAAGGCAGACACCUACUCCAACGCCCCCUGCUCCAGAACCACAGCCACGAAACACCGCACUCGGUGGAUUAAGGCGACUGGGUACCGUUAUGGGCAGACGGAAGAGCAUGGUCAUACCGUCGGGUUCAACCUUCGACAGGAAGGCAGAGAAGAAGCGCAGUCCAUUUGCACCUUUCAAGAGAUCCGAUUCAUCAAGGGAUAUGCAAAUUCCAGAAUCACCCCCAUCCACUGCAGACCACCACAGGGGGGAGACUCUUGCUCCAGCUCCGAUGGCACAGCCAUUCCCAACUACAACAAACGGAACCUCGCCAGAGUUCCAACCCGGAAUCGUUAGGAAUGGCACUGAUCCUUCACAUGUUGAUUCAGAAGGAUUCACUGAGCGCCCUUCAACGGUAGAUGAAGUCACUCGUGCCCAAAGGGAAGCCGCCGGACUGGAUGAGUCUGGUAUGAACUUGACAAUCCGUGACCAACCUAUUUUCGAAGACGAAAACCAGGCUAAGCAAGCCAUGGAUGACAUGGCAAACACUCUUCGCUUGCGGGCCCCGCAGUCUGUAAUGAGACGGAAUGCAGGUACUAUUCGCGGUCGCCGUGAUGUGCGCAAUACAGUUUUCAUUGCAAACCCAGGCAGUGAGUUGGCUCCUAACCAAAUCGCAUCCGAUGCGUACUCUCCGUCCUCUCCGAUCAGGCACACUCCAUCUCUGAGCACUGCAACGGAUGACCAUGCCGUUUCGGACACAACCUCAGUCCGCUCGGGGCAUACUACGCACGGCCAGACUUUCAGCAUGCAUCCGGAGCUAUACGAGCCCGGUCUUAAUGCAUCAAUUAUUGAGACCGUCAACGCAUGGUUUUCGGAGGGCAAGGUGACCAAGUCCUCUGUGAUGGGUGAGCUUGCUUUGGCCCACAACGUUGCGCCGGGCUUUGCAGCAGACUCUUUGCGCAUCCGUCUGGACAACUUCCCUGUGUUGGAGAAGGUCGCUGCAAACCCUCACUUCGUUCAGGAAACCAGCAAAGACACCAGCGAUGAGAAGCGGGGCGAGUAUGAUCUCCAGUUGGGCAGCAUUUCUCGUCCCAUGCCGACAGUGGCCUUCAAGUACCAAUUGCACCUCGAUCCUAGCAAUUCAUCCUCCUACUGCCCUGUGAUCUUCAAACCAGCUUGGAACCUGCAGGGGUCCCAAGCCAGUGCUAUCAUUUUUUACUCCAUGAACCCAGCCUUCGUUUCCCAACCUGUGGAAUCUAUCACCUUGAAGAACGUGAUUUUGACUGUGGGCUUGGAUGUCGCCGCUGAAGACGAGAUUACCAAGCAGCCGCGCGAGAGUGUUGCCCACGCAACCAGCGCCGUGAUGCACCCGAACUCUGGCGCUACUUUCCGCCGCAAGAAUUCCACUGUCACUUGGAGAAUCCCCGAGCUUGAAGUUAAGGCCCCUGGCUCUGGUGACGAUGGCAAAUUCCUUGUUCGCUUCACUACAUCCACCCCUGGCCCUCGCAAGGGCAAUGUCGAAGCAAAGUUCGAGCUUCACACCACCGAGUCCGCCUCUCGACUUGGUGUCAGUCGUGCCGUGUCGGAAUCUACCCAGCAAGACAAUGAUCCUUUCGCUGAUAGUGGAAAGCAAUCUCCUGCCCCAGUCAAUUGGCAAGAGGUCCCAACCAGCCGCAAGUUGGUUGGUGGAAAAUACGUUUCCUCCUAG